CCUUUCACCCUGGCGGACAGGUUGAGCUGGCUGAGCCGGCUGACCCCAAGGGGUCACGGGAGCCGAGCCAAUCAGAACGCUUCCCCCAGUACCCCUGUGAUUGCUGACCCGGAGACAUGCCUCAUUGUGUUUCAGAACCACUGGAGACAGGUGUCCUCUGUGUUGGAGCACCGCGGGAGGUCAGGGGUCGGCGAUGACUUCACUACCGUGCGGAAUCACACGGACCAGAUGAUGUGCCUGCUGGCGGAGGAGCGGCCCGGUGGGGGCGCCGCGGGCCCGAUCCUGGAGCUGGUUCUGAAGGAGAACAUUCUGGACCGGCUGCUGCAGUGGCACCUGCUCCGCGGCCUGCCCUCCGACAGCCAGGGGGCGCUGCUCAAGAUGUUCGAAGCUCUGAUUGGCCAGUGCCAGCAGCCCCUGCUCCGGCACCAGGCCGUACUGCGGCCUCUGCUGCGUCUGCUGGCCGCCUGCGCUGACCCCGCGGCCGGCUGCCCGCCCGCCCUGGAGGGCAGCCUGGUGCUGCUGCUCAACCAGCUGUGUGUGUGCAUGGCCCAGCAGCCUGCCGUGCUGGAGCUGCUGCUCCAACCCGGCCCCGGCCCCCCUCACAGCCCCCCUCACAGCCCCCCUCACAGCCCCCCUCCCGGCCCCUCUCCCAGCCCCUCCCCCCAGGUCAUCUUCUCCCUGCUGGUGCCCUUCAUCCACCGCGAGGGCUCCACCGGCCAGCAGGCCCGCGACGCCCUGCUGCUCGUCAUGGCAACCUCCGCCAGCAACCAGGCCGUGGCUCGUUACAUCACCGAGAACUCCUACUUCUGCCAGGUGCUGGCGGCGGGCCUGAGCGCCUUGUACUCGGCUCUCCCGCGGAAGCUGGAGGUGCGGGGCGACGACUGGCACGCGCUGCGGCCGGAGGACUGGGCGGGCGUGUCGUCCCUGGCGCUCUUCGUCAACUCCCUGGAGUUCUGCAACGCCGUGGUGCAGGUGUCCCACCCGCUGGUGCGCGGCCAGCUGCUGGACUUCAUCCACAGCGGCUUUCUGCAGCCCGUCAUCGGCCCCGCCCUGCACAAGUCCUCGGUGGAGGAGGUGAUAGCCAGCACGGCGUAUCUGGACCUCUUCCUGCGUAACGUCACAGAGGCCGACCUGCUCAAAACCUUCCUGCGCUUCAUCCUGCUGGAUUGCUAUGACAACAACACCAUCUUCGACACACUGCUCGCCCGGAUCAGCUGCAACUCCCGGCUGUGCAUGGUGUCCCUCAGUCUGUUUCGAACCCUGCUGUCCCUCAACUGUGAAGACCUGAUGCUGCAACUCAUUCUCAGGUAUCUCCUGCCCUGUACUCAUGUCAUGUUGAGCCAGAGGCCAGCCGUCAGGGAGACAGACAUGUACGGCAGGUCCGCAGACAAGUUCCUCUCCCUCAUCCCUGAGUGCUGUCGCCUGGACACAGCGCCCCCUGGUGACCAGGAGGAGGAUGCCACACAGUGGGGGGGAGGCCUAGAUAAUCCCAGUGUGGAGUCCCCUGUACUCCCCAAACCCAGCACCCCAUCCCGCCUGGCCCAGUUCAUCCGGCAGCAGAGCAAUGUCCCCAACUGGGCCCCAGCACGUCUCCGCGGGGAGUCGACCCCGGUGGCCCCCGAGAGGCCCCUGCAGUGGGCCCCUGAGUGGGAGGGGCAGUAUCUGGCGUACCUGCGGGAUGCUCAGACAGGCAUCGAGCUCUGCAGCUGGGGCUGCAGGGACUGGUCCGCCCCCUAUGACGGGGUAAACCCCUCCCCCCACUCGGUUCCCCCGCCCCCUCCUCCGCCCGGGCCUGCUCUCGUCAUGGUGCCUGAGCACUUCUCCCUCCACCCGGUCGCCGCUAGCGCCCCGGCCCCUGCUGCUCCGCCCUCGGAUCCCGUCCCCGCCGCACCCCCAGACUCCACCCAGCGGGGGCCGGAGGCACCCGCCUUAGAGUCUAGCAGCUCUGACGGCAAAUGGGACAUCACCAUCAGCAAGAAAUGCGUCAGCCUCACGUCGAAUGCCAAUAAACGUGGUCUGCAGCAGCUAGCGCCUGUCAAACACGACGCCCCGUCCCCUCUCCAAGCCUCCACCGCCCAAAUGCUGCUCCCGCAGGCCAGCUCCCCACAGCAUGCCCUGUCCAAUGGGGUAGGGCUGGAGGGCAUGGUCUCACACGGCCAGGAUGAGGGAAUGGAGGUGAAGAAGGCAAAGAGGGAGCUAGGUGAAGGCUGCUUCCCUGAAGAGGGUGGACAGGACAUGGAAACAGGAGGCCUCCCAGAAUCCUGCCUGGCUGUGGGCAGUGAGCUGCCUCCGGGGUCUCCCAGUCAAUCAACACUGUCGUCACUAACUACGUCUUCAGUGCAGGAGAUGGACUCCAGCAAGAGCUCUGCCCAAAGCUCCACCCAUAACCCAGACCCUGUUCUUGAACCCACCCAAAACUCUGCCCAUACCCCAAACCCUGUUCCUACACCCACCCAAAUCUCUGCCCAUACCCCAAGUCCUGUUCCUGCAACCUGCCAAAACUCUGCCCAUACCCCAGACCCUCUUCCUGCCCCGGCAGAAGACUCUACCCAUGCCCCAGACCCUGUUCCUGAACCCACCCAAAGCUUCACCCAUACCCCAGACCCUCUUCCUGCACCCACAGAAAACUCCACCCAUACCCCAGGCCCUUUUCCUGAACCCACCCAAAACUCUACCCAUACCCCAGACCCUAUUCCUGAACCCACGCAAAUCUCUGCCCGUACCCCAGACCCUGUUCCUGCCCCCACAGCAUCGAUGAGCCAGCAGCUAGAUUCUGUGGACAGCCUUAUCAGGGAGCUCCUGGAGCGGACACCCACGGCUCCACAGGGCAGGGAGUCUGAAGGUCAGGGGAUUAGCAUCGAGGCCUUCCAACAGGAGCUGCAGGAGCUGGAGGACUGGGUUCAGCCACUCAAGGAGCACUCCCAAAACCCCUCCCCUGGCCCCGUCCCUUCCACCACAUCUGCUGAGCAGGAAGAGGACCCAUCCCCUAUAGCCCUUGACUCUGAACCCAAAGAACCCAAACCAGAGAACUCAGCCAAGGAAGUGUCCAACCCUGCUCACUCUCUAGGACCAGCCCUCAGCCAGCCCUAUACAGGGCCCUUCAUGGCGGUUGUGUUUGCCAAGCUGGAGUGCAUGCUGCAGAACUCGUUGUAUGUAAACAUCCUGCUGACAGGCAUUGUGGCCAGGCUGGCCUGCUACCCCCAGCACCUGCUCCGCUCCUUCCUCCUCAACACCAACAUGGUCUUCCAGCCCAGUGUCAAAUCGCUUGUGCAGGUUCUGGGAUCGGUGAAGACCAGGAUCGAGGCUUUUGCGGCCACUCAGGAGAACUUCCCAGACAUGCUGAGGAGGGCGCGGCAGUACCUGGUGGCUCGGGGGAAACUGGAUUGGACUGACCCGGUGGGCCUGAGUGUGCCCAACCUGCGCCGCUCAAACUCGCUGGUGCGGAGCAGGAAGCCCUCCCUGGGGGAUCUGCUCCUGCGGCACACUCAGAGCCCCGUGCGGGCACGGCAGGCGGCCCAGCAGGCCCUGGCCCAGGUGCGGGGCGGGGGCGCGGGGCUGGAGAAGCAGGCCGAGGCCCUGCGGGUGAAGAACGCCGUGUACAGCGCCGUGGUCUUCUCCGAGUUCCUGAAGGAGCUGGCCGCCCUGGCGCAGGAACACGCCGUCGCAAUGCCCUUCCCCCCCAGCCAGGGGGCGGAAGAGUGACCCACGUGUGUGUGAGAGCCCAGUGUGGGAUUUUUAUGGAUAAAACUAAUCCAAGUUUUUCAUGCGUGAGCUCAGUAGGUGCCUGUGCUCUUCACUGCGUACACACACACACACACACACACACACACACACACACACACACACAAACACACACAUACACACACAUACACACACACACACACAAACAUACACAUACACACACACACAUGCCACAACUGGGUCUCAUGCCUAUUAAGUAUUUUGAAAGCAGUCAAAUUUGAAUGUGGUCCUGCAGAUCCUGCCAUUUUUUAAAAUAAUAAUGUUCUUACCAAGGCUGAGUCAUAUCAUGGAGAAAUUGUGUUCAGAAUAUUUGUGAAGAUUAAUGUGACGGGAACCAACAUCGAUUUGUUGGGUUAAAUUAUUUGAAAUUGGUUACUGACCCAGGCCUGGUAUGCACGCACGCACGCACACACACACACACACACACAUGCACACAGACAGGUACACACACAUUCAAAGUUACGGGACUCUGAAGCCAUAACAAUAAAUGGCAGUACUCUGCUAUAUGCUGCACUGGCUUAACUGUGAACUCAAGACAAAAUCCACAGCUGUAUCAUCAACCCAGUCUCUAAACCCUGGAAACAGGGGGGUGGGGGGGAACUGAGAAAUGAACCAGUGGGGGGGCUUUACCCAUGUGACCAUUACCCAUAUGACCCCCCCCCCCUUUACCUUCUGUCUUGGGGGGGCAGAUGGAUGUGAAAAUGACAAAUGGUGAGAUCACUUUGGACCCAGCUAAGCAGCCCUACUGGCUAGAGAUUCCUGAGGAACCAGCCAAUCAGUGUUGACCAUCUCAAGACCAGAUCUGUUUGUGACCAAUCGACACUGAUGUGGGCAGGGGCAGGAGCCAAGGGAAAGGAGCAGGGGUUUCCUCAUAGACUCAUGUGUUUCAUGUCUUUUAAUGUUUUAUUUUGGAAAAUGUAUGAAUCAUUUUAUCUUUUUGAAGGUUAAUACAUGUCAGCAUGGAAGGGAGAUACCAGACACUCGCUGGGUAAUGGAUAGUCAGGUCUGCAGUGUAGUAGUACAGUGGAACUGGCCUGGCCUGUCUGUCUGGAAGUAUACUCAUGUAAGAUUCAUGGCCUUUGUGGGACUGUUGGAGAUACAAUGAGACUGUAUUUUUAGAGCUCUUAUUUUAAAUCUAAUGCUUCUGCCUUUCCUCAGGUGUAUUCCUUAGUUAUUGCUCCUGUUCAUGGUCAUUACGUUCUCUGCACUGCGUUCUUGAUUCCCAGUGUGGAGUUGUGUCCGGCACAUGGUAUUCCCACCAUGUAGGCUUGCUGUUGGAGCUACGGUCUGAAUCUCAAAGCCUGAUUUUGCACAGACCUUUGGUCUCACUGUACACUGGGAGUGCUGAGUUAAUUAGCCAUUUCUGUGCGCUAACCAGCUUUUGCUCCAGUAGUUUUUCCGCAGUGUAACAGCAGUCACUGGGCGGAUUCUGUUUGCGCUGACCUUUGAGUCCCCGUGUGUCAGAGAGCGCGGUGUGGGUGAGGCGGCGUUAGCCACUGAGGGCAGAGGGGACAGGCUCGGUGCUGGGUGUCAGUGCUGGGUGUCACUACUGGCUGAUUUAUUUAUCUUUUCCCUUGACAUUUGGCUGUUGUUUUGUGCCAAAUCACUUGAAUUUCCAAUGUGACCUUAUGAAGGUGUACUCCUGAAAGCCUGCGCAAUGUGAAUACUUUAUUAUUUGCAUUACUUUUAGACAAUCAACAUGAUUGCAGAUCCAAUCAAAGGCAUAUUACCAAAUAUGCUUCUAAUUUUUGUGGUUUUUAGUUUUAUUGAAUUUAGAAAGCCAUGUUAUUUUUUUUUUCUUUCUUAAAGUUCAAAUCAUUAUAAAGUUAAAACAAAUGAAGGAAAGGAAAUGCUUUGUGCCUUCAGCACCCCCUGCUGCUCACAAAUAGGGUGGCACGGGUGGGAGGGAGAUGGAUGGAAAAACUUUGAAUGUAUUGCAUUUUAAAAAUAUUUAUUGUUUAUCAUUUUUUAUUGAUUAUGCAAUUAUUGCAAUAAUAUCUGAUGCUGUGAUUUCCAAAUUGCUGUAAAAGUGUUUUGAGUGUGGUAAUGUGAAUGCAGUGUUGGACAACCCAGGGGCCUGAGGGGUCUUGGGUAUUGCGGUGUAAGACACACUGCCACUCUAAUGUUACCCAGGUACAGUGACCUCCAGUGAUUGGUCAAUAGUCCCGCCCCCAUUCACCCACCACGGACCAGCACAGAGACCAUAUGAAGUGUAGGGAUAAUACAAUGCAGUCCUGUACUUUCAUGUUGCGUCCUGUUAUAAUCAAAAUAAUUGCUCAUUCCAAAUCUGUUCUGAGAAAAGCUCUUGAGGAUAAAUGCUACUCGAAUAGGAGAAGACUGCAGGAGAAUGAAGAAAAGAGAAUAAAUCCAUACUCCCCUGUGGAUAGCAAUAAUAAUCAUCUCUGAAUAUCUAUGAAUCAUUUUAUUUUGAAAUACACAUUAUGAGAGAAGAAAAUCAGUAAUAGCACUAUUAUGACAUCAGUUAUAAGAUAUUUGUUUUGAUUUCCCCUAGAGGGUUGAGAUGAACCGGGAGUAUUGUUGGACCUCUAUCUCCAGACAUUUCUCUCUCCUCCAUCUUCCUCUGCGUAUGUUCUGCCUGAGGGAGAGAGAGAGACCUUGCUGAAGCACCUCAGUGAUUUUCACCCUGGUGCACAGUUUAUUAGACUACUCUGUGUGUGUGUGUGAGAGAGUCAGAAACUGGUUUAUGCUGGACAAUUUUUUAAGCACUGUUCUAAAUUCAAUAUUCUUUGAAAACAUUUCAAAUGUCUCCAGGAACCUAUGCAACAAUUGUGUUUCAGUGAUCUCUGUCAACACAGGUGUGGCCUACAUACUGACUUUUAUCUGUGAAUUAUAAACCUGACAAUGACGGUGACAUAAUCAAAGUGAAGAAUCAUGAAUGUGACAAGUAUUUUUUUAAAUGUAAAAACAAUGGAAGAAAAGGGAAUACAAAAAAAAGAAAUGUUAUUAAUUUAUAAAUGUUUUACUUGACAGUAA